AUGCAGCAACAACAACAACAGCGCCGAAUGUUCACAGCCGCCCUCUUGGCGUUCAUUUUCAUUCUGGCAGCCAUGGGUACUACUGAGGCUGGCAAAAAAGAAAAACCAGAGAAGAAAGUGAAGAAGUCCGACUGUGGCGAGUGGCAGUGGAGCGUGUGUGUACCCACCAGUGGAGAUUGUGGCCUAGGGACCCGCGAGGGCACUCGCACUGGAGCCGAGUGCAAGCAAACUAUGAAGACCCAAAGGUGUAAGAUCCCCUGCAACUGGAAGAAGCAGUUUGGAGCGGAGUGUAAAUACCAGUUCCAGGCCUGGGGAGAAUGCGACCUGAAUACCGCCUUGAAGACUCGAACUGGGAACCUGAAGAGAGCCCUUCACAAUGCUGACUGCCAGAAAAUUGUCACCAUCUCAAAGCCCUGUGGGAAGCUUACCAAACCCAAACCUCAAGCUCAGACAGACAAAAGGCAGGAGGAGAAACAGCAGCCCAGAGAGCUAUUAAUAUUUUUCAUUGUUGUCAUCUUGGCAGAACCCAAGAAGAAGAAAAAGGAAGGCAAGAAACAGGAGAAGAUGCUGGAUUAA